CCGGAGAAGCAGUCAACGUCUCCUUCUCCCUCCGUCGCCCCACCACGGGGUGUCUGCGCGCUCCUGACAACCACGCACGAACGCGCCCGGAUCCUUUUCUUGCGCCGCUCCUUCAUCAUCUUCGUCUUCUUCGUCUUUUUUUCCUUUUUUUUCCCUUUUUUUUUUUGCGCCGGAUUGAUUCGGCAGAGGCUGACAGCAGCAGCAGAGGCGCGCCCCCGCACCUCGCACCUUGUCGUGUAUACGUGCGUGCGCAGCGCAACGACUCGCGCUUGAUGGAAGACUGACGUCUCGUGCACGCGCCUCACCAGCCAGCCUCUCCUCUCCUGGAAUCUUCUCGACCCCCCUCCUCUCUCCCUCACCCCCCCCCCCCCCCCCGCACAGCAUCUCCCGAUCGUGUGCGCGCACCCCCUCCCCCUCCCUCCCCCCGCACAGCUUUGUGUCUUCGCCCGAUAUUGCGGACACGCGCGCGCGCGCUACACUCUUCCGAGGACUCGCCCGCGCGCGGCCCCGCUGCGUCAAGAGCGCCAUAGCCGAGCAAAGGGAAGGGGGGGUUUAAUCAUCCGAGAGCAAACAUGAUGGCCGGCGGAGCAGUGCAGCAGAACGGCCUCUUCGCCACCCCGCUCCACCACAACCAGCAGCCCCACAUGGAGGCCGACCCUCCGGACUCGCGCAAAAGACCCCUGGAGACCCCCACCGAGGCCAGCAGCACCAAGCGCACCAACACGGGAGUGGCCUUCCUGCAGCCCCUUUUUGAAAGUGAAGGCAUUGUUUUCCCAGACCAAGAAACUGAGAGCCAUGAGGAAGGCGAGUACUUUCUCAAGGUUCUGAUUCCCAGCUAUGCGGCCGGCUCCAUCAUCGGCAAGGGAGGACAGACCAUCGUCCAACUGCAGAAAGAGACGGGAGCCACCAUCAAGCUGUCCAAAUCCAAAGACUUCUAUCCCGGUAAGGUCCACGAUCGGCUGAACAAGGCGGCCUUCCAUGGUCCUUGGCUGUUUUACCACCAUGCGGGCUCGCAUUCCGCAGAGCAGUGCUGGGGACUGAAUCCCAUUUCACGGCCCGGACACCGCGCCCUUCACAUGCGUCUCAUCCAGAUGUCAGAUAGGACAGAAACAUCUGGAUGGAGCCGUGAAUGCAGCUCGGACCUAAAGGUGCCGGUGCACAGGCCCCAAACGAGCUGCCACGUAUACUCCCUUCUAGAACGGCAAUGUCACCUUGACUACAAGCUACAGGAGGCGAUGAGGGCGCUCUGCAUCCGUGCACUGGACAGAGGAGGGACUGAUGGUGCUCGCCCGUCCGCCUGA